CUUGCCAAAAGAAAACUAUUUUGUUCUAAUACAUUAAAAAUAAAUUGCGGUUUUGCGUUAAUUGUGCAUUGUGCGGUUACCGCAACUGCGGUUUUGGUCAAGACCGAUGCGGUUGUGGUGCGGUUGUGGUUUUUAAUUUAAAAAAAUGCGGUUACCAUGGUAAUGAAAAUUGACACCGCACAGUGCUCUACCAGGAAACCUCCCAGUCGAAUUCGAAGAGCGGAUACUGCAGUCGAGUUGCACGCGUUCCCCAGAGUUUAUAUAUAUAUAAUAUGAAGCGUGCUCCAUUUGGUAAUCAGAGAUAAUUUUAUUUUUCAACAAAAAGGUCAUAGUGUCCGAGAUGUGCUUUGGUUCAAGUGAGAGCUGCUGUCCAGGUGUUCUCUGGGUCCACAUCUCAGCAUAGUUAUAAUAAGAUAACAUAUAAAAUUACACUGUUUUGCUUUGUCAGAACUUUUUAUCAGAUGAAUUUCCCUGUCAACUUUAGUGGAAAACAUAGAUUUGCCCGUAUUAUGGUGUGGCCUUCUGAACCUAUCUCGAGAUAAGAACAAAAUGCAUUUGGUUCGUAAUCAAACGAGCCCUCUCCCCAUUUUAAGCGAGUUAGGCAGUCAGGACAGCCGCAAAGAUGAAAAACCUCGCGUGGCUUUCGUUUAUCCUGGUAUUGGCUCAUGGGACUCAUGGCCAGGGACCCCAGGUCACCUUGCCCGGCCUGGGCACCAUGGAGGGCUUCAUUGGCAACUCUUUCAUUAGCGAUAGGCCCUUCAACCACUUCAGGGGAGUGCCUUUCGCACAGCCGCCCAUUGAGAGUCUGAGAUUCCAGGCCCCCCAACCGGUUCAACCUUGGUCUGGUGUUUUGGAUACCCACACCAGUUUUGGACACAGGUGCCCUCAGGUUGGAAUUGCCGGGUUUGACUCUUGGCACACCGAGGUUGAAAACUUGGUGUAUGGUACCAGGGCGGAAAAUGAGACCGGAGAGGAUUGUCUAUAUCUUCAAGUUUACUCGCCAAAUUUGGACCCUGCAGCCAAUUUGCCUGUGAUUGUUUUCUUCCACGGAGGAGCAUUCGCCACAGGCUCAUCUAGACUUUACGGAGGAAGUAAAUUCAUGGACCACGACGUCGUGCUCGUCGUGCCUCACUACAGACUCGGACCUCUUGGUUUCUUUUCUCUGCACACGGAUGAAAUUCCCGGCAACGCUGGCAUGCUUGACCAAGUGGAAGCACUCAGGUGGGUGCAGAGCUACAUCUCGUUCUUUGGAGGAGACCCGAACAAAGUGACCAUCAUGGGCGAGAGCGCCGGCGGAGCCAGUACCUCUCUGCUCAACCUCAGUCCCCUCUCUUCCAAUUUGUUCCAACAGUACAUUUCGCAGAGUGGCACGGCACAAGCCAGCUGGGUAAUCGACACGGAACCCAUCCGCGCCGUGCAGGAAAUCGCUACCAUCGCCGGCUGCCCCAGCACCGAGACCACUGCCCUCACUGAAUGCCUCAAAACCAUCGACUUCCAGGUCUUAAACGAUGCCCAAAUGGUAUUCGUGGCUGCAGAGCAAAAGGCAGGCCGAACCGGAUUUGCGGGUAGCUCUCCCGUCGUGCAAACUGCUGGAGCUGUCCGAUUUUUGGAACAAUUGCCAAUUGACAUCUACGAGUCUGGCAACUACAUUGGAAAGCCUGCUAUUUUUGGCGCUAACAAACACGAGGGAACGCUUGUGUAUCAUUACUUGUACAGAGGAUUCCUCGAGGCAAACGGCUUGCUGGAAGACACGCAAUACAUGAAGAGAGGCAUUACCAGACUUUUCAUGAGCUACUUUGACAUCAAAGAUCAAGGAGACACCUUAGCUAUUGCUAUCGAGGACACAUACUUUGGCAGGCAAAAUAUGGGAGACUUUGCCGCGAUGACACCCGGCGUGAUCGAUUUCACCGCGAACAUGUUCAUCAAAGGAGCCGUCUACGGACUGGCCGAGUUCAACGCAGCCAAGGGCUCACCAACCUAUCUGUACUCUUUCCACUAUGACGGAAGCCGCUCUUUGUUCCCAUUCUACGCACAAAACUCUCCAAUUCCAGGAGGAGUUUGCCACGCAAAUGAGCUUAUUCUGCAAUUCACGAUGCCGUCCUUCACCACAAACGAUCAAGAUAAAGUGAUUUCAAACCAGAUUGUGAGCUUGUGGGCAAACUUUGCUACCUACGGAAACCCUACACCCGAGUCCAGCCCAGUUGAGGGAAUCCCCACGUGGCCAUCGUGGACGGCCGAUGACGGCUCUUACUUGGUUAUCAACAUUACCUCCUCGAUCCUUCAAGAUUACACAAGAAACGACUAUUUCGUCUCCAUCAACGAAAACUUCCCCUACUCUUGGCCUUAGGCUGUUUUUUUUACAUAAAAUAAACAUUUAGAAUAUAAAGCCUA